AUGCGUUGGUGUUUCAGUGGUGGACAAAUUUCUCCGCCACCACCAUCAGAUCGGGAACGAAAGUUCCCUCUAAAUCCAUGCACUUCCAACACUAACGAUUUGCCUUCCUGCAGUGACGAAGACCAACGACGAUUCCCGCAAAUGGCAUUUUUAAGAGUAGCAGAAAAGUUAAACUCGAUGGCAUCAAAAAUUUCAAAUCGACCUUUGCUUGCACCAAAACCUAAAUUUGACGAUUGGGAAGAGAUGAGAGCAUCACAAAGGUUUCAGAAAUCAAGUCAUGUCGAGAAUAACAAUCGCAAUUGUGACAGCAUCCCUUGGAGGCUUCAGAAAAUUGGUUUGGUUAUUUUUUAA